AUGCUUCGCUUUAUUAUACGCCCGGCUGCUAGCAGCCGUGUGCUUCUUACCACCCAAAACUGCUCAUUGACAACGAUUCGACAAGCCUCACUCAAUUCAGCGAUUGGUCGGGGUAUUCGCAGGUCUGGUCCUCGGCCGUCGUUCCCAAGAGAUUCAGAAGAUGGAGACCGCCGUCCAAGGGCGCACCGCGAUGGAGGACGCAACGAUUCACAUUUUCCACCAAGAUACCCACGCCGUGAUGAUACUAUGCAGGAAAGGCGGCCGUCUAGAGAGAGCCGAUUCCGAUCGAAUGGCUCCGACGAGCAGCGACAGACUCCGCGCCGUUUCCCACGCCGAGAUGACAAACAAGAGCACACAUUCAAGGAGAACCGGUUCCGAUCAAAUGACUCUAAUGAGCGGCAGGCUCCGCGCGGUUAUCCACGUCGGGAAGACAGACAGGAAAGGUCGCUCAGCGAGAAGCGAUCUGGAUCACCCGCAUUCGACCAGAAGGAAUUUAUCCGCAGCGGCAACUUCCAAGCCCUACCCCGUGAACACCAGGCCAGUGAAACAUCAAGAUGGAAUCAGGAUAUGCCGAGCCCAAGACCGAGACGAGGAAACCCAAAGUCUUCAAUAAGACCACGUUCUGAAUGGGUAUCAGAGACAAUGCCAGAGCGCGUGAAGGACAACGUGAAAGUUCCGGAUUCCAUCCCCUAUACCACUCCUGCCUCUGAAUUCAUUUACGGUACUAGUGCAGUGGAAGCUGCCCUCCGUUGUGGUCGCCGUCAACUCUACAAACUCUAUCUUUAUCAAGCAGCUGAAGAGGAGCUCAGUCCAGCAAAGGCAGCUCUACGUAAAUUGGCUUUAACGAAGAACGUAAACACCAAGUUGGCCUUUGCUGGCUGGGAUCGAUUGAUGGACAAGAUGAGCGCUGGUCGACCACACAACGGUUGCAUUUUGGAGGCAUCCCCUUUGCCUAAGCUCCCCGUGCGUGGCCUUCAUGCUGUUCCCACAACGACUGAGACACACUUCCGCGUGGAGUUGGCUCCCCAAACACGGGAGGAAGCUGUAGUAAACGGUACGAAUGACUGCCUUCCAGUUGUCCAGUCACCUGUUUCGCAAGAGGGGGUAAAAUCCCACCGUUUCCCCGUGGCUUUACUUCUUGACGGGGUUGUCGAUCCCGGCAACAUGGGUGCUAUCAUCCGAUCUGCUUAUUACCUUGGAAUUGAUGCAAUCAUUUUCGCUGGUCGCAACUCUGCGCCUUUGUCGCCUGUGACUAUCAAGGCAUCUGCUGGUGCAGCGGAGAACAUGUCUCUUCUUCAAGUCAAGAAUGAAGUUGAUUUUAUGCAACGGUCCCAGGCUAAUGGUUGGCGGUUCUAUGCCGCCGAUGCGCCAGGCCCCGGUGCCACAUAUCUUGAUCGGGCUGGCACAGACGGCGAUUCGAAUAGCGGGCUCCUCGCUACACAAGCCCCGAGUGUGCUCAUGAUGGGUAGUGAAGGGUCCGGACUCAGCGGACACAUCAAAUCGCACGCAGAUGCCAUUGUCAGCAUUCCUGGUGCGCGGCACAGCGUCGAGAUGGGUGUCAAAUCCGACCCAGCGCGGAUCGACAGUUUGAACGUCAGUGUAGCUGCCGCAAUCCUGAUGGAAAUGUUCUUGCGGACACCUUUGGCUUUAUCUGGAGGUCCCAAGAAGUCCAAGGAUAAAAUGUGGUGA